AUGUCAAUUCAAAAUGGAAAUCAAUUAUAAUAUGUAAGUUAAUUAGUAUAGAUGUCAUUAAACUGUUUAUAAAUCUUAUUAUUUAAGUUAACAUUUAGUAUGCUUCAUCAUUUCUCAAAAUAUAGAUUCACUCUUAACAAAGUCGCCAACUUGGAUUCCAUCAAAGUGUUCAUUAAAGAUCUUAAGGAUGUAGCCUCAAUUGUUCCUUCCAAGUUGGACGAAACUGAAGUGUAGCUCUCUCUCUAAAUCCAUGCGCUGGAGAAGAAUUGGAAAAUCAAUUCAAAGUCUUUGGCCAAAGAGUACAAAUUCGAAACAUUCAAACAAGCAUUCGUGUUCAUGAACACAGUUUCCCACUUGGCAGAUCAGAUGAGUCAUUACCCCAAAUGGAUCAAUGUCUACAAUAAAUUAAGCGUGGAAAUAACGACCUAAGAUGUGAGUGGCAUUUCAGUAAAGGAUGUGCUCUUAGCUUACCUAAUGGAAUCAACCUACAAAGAUGUUAAAGAAUUGAACCCAGAACACGUUGGUGAGAUUUCAAAGGUGUCAGCUCCACAAUUGUUACAAAACUGGAAUGCAAAUUUCACUUAAUAUUAGGAGAUCUUGAAAAAAAAUGUUCACAAACUCUGA